CCACCCGCGUAGCGGCUUCCCUCGAAGAUGUAAGAACCCGGCUGACUUUCCAUCUACGAUGUGCUCCACACCUUCCUGCACCACCGCAUCGUUUCCCUCUUCACUUCUCACGCUAUCCCAUCACGGCUUGUGCCAUCGCACAUCGUUCCAAGCAGCUCCUCCACCACACUGGUGACCACAGCAUUAAGUGGUGUCCUCCCCCCUCCUGCUCGAAUUCGGCGAGGAGCGCAUCUAAUUAGCCUUCCUACCAGCUUUCAGAGGGGCGGAAGCGCCGCGUUCAUGCGUACGUCACCAGGGCGUCCAUUUAGCCUGCUGCAAAAAGUGCCGAUCAGGAACCUGCGCCAUGCCUCUGUCGACACCUGAGAUCGUCAAGCUGAGAGAGGAGGUAGUCAGUGCGGCGGCAGAGUCGCGCUUCAAAGAUGUCGGAGCAAUCUUGUCGAAGCUGAAAGCUGGCGUGGCUGCAUCAGAAGACGUGAUCAGGCAAACAAAGAUCGGACAAGCAGUCGGGAAGUUGAGAAACAGCACGGACAAGGCGACUAGUCAGGCUGCAAAGGAACUGGUCACCGGCUGGAAAGCACAAGUAGAAAAGCAACGUGGAGGGGCGAAUGGCUCAGUCAAAAAGAAGGCUUCCUCUCCGCAGACACCUUCCACGCCAAAGACUCCUGCUGCGAGCGAUCGAGCCGCAAGCGCACCCAAGACUCCUGCAUCCCCCGCCACUCCCGUUGUCAAGGACGCAAGUAGCGCUGGCAAGACGAGCAAAGCUUCUUUGGACUUCCAGAAGCUCGGAGACAAGACGAGAAAUGCGUGUCUGAAGCUUCUGUACGAUGCGCUGGAGAUUGGAUCUGAUGCAGAUCCGGCUAUCAUCUUCCAGCGAGCUUUGGCCAUUGAGCGAGCAACAUUCACCAUUGUGGGAAAGGAGGAAGUCUCCGGCGAUUACAGGUCUAAAAUCCGAUCCUUGUCUCUCAACCUGAAAGAUGCAAAGAACCCAUCUUUACGUCAAAGGGUCGUGGAAGGGAUAUUACCGGCAGACGUGUUGAUCCAGAUGAAGCCCGAAGAAAUGGCUUCAGACGAGGUCAAAGCGGAAAGGGAGAAGUUACAGGUCCAGAACUUGUUCGGAAGCAAGGCGGCAGAAGAUCAGGCUGCAGAGACGGACGCUUUCGAGUGUGGGAGGUGCAAACAGAGAAAGACCAGGUAUUAUCAGAAACAGACUAGAAGCGCUGAUGAGCCCAUGACCACCUUUGUCACAUGUGUGGUUUGCAAUAACAAGUGGAAAUUCUGUUAAAGCAUGCCAUCCAUCCGACGCUCUGGGCAGGCCACUCUCGAGAUCCUCCUAAUUCCUUUGUAGUCUAGUGUACAGCAUGUCGAUGGCAAAUUCAUCAUAUCACAGCGCGAACUCUUCGAAGCGCCAUGCAUC